AUAGGGUCUCGCCCCAUCUUGACUGUCCACAACAACUUGACAAGGACUUGACCAGUAAGGAUCGGACAUCCCUGGCGGAAUGGCUAGAAGGGAUUCGAUAUUAAAACCACCGACUUCACCCCUAGCACCAUUUCCUCCCCUUCUGCCUCCUGAGCUUCGUAGUCGAGCACCGGAAUUUUAUGGGUUCGUCGCGUGGACGUCGACGUCUCUUCUUUUCGUCGUAUACUUCCUUUGGGCGAUUCUGCCAGACGAAUACGUUGAAUGGCUUGGGCUUACAUGGUAUCCCAACAGAGAAUGGGCAGUCCUUCUUCCUGCAUAUUCUGUUGUUGUGGUUCUACUGGCGUACUUUGUGUACUUUGCGCUAGCUAUCUACGGCACCCCUUCCCUCUCUGACUCGUGUACCUUUACUGAUUCGCGGUCUCAUUAUCUUCCCGUACGCGAGGGGAAGCAAGGAUGCACUUCGUUCGCUCGUCCUGAUGCAGUUCUGGAGCUAUACGAUAUUCCAAUUGGACUUGUGAAUCGCGUCUUGUACCAUGACGGGCUUUCUGCCGACUGAUGUGUUAGUACGACAUAUCUAGUUGUCUAACCGUCACUGCCGUCGGAAUCUCACGGUGAUUUACAUUAUGCGCGUAAGUUUUUUCCUUUGAAAACCAUGCCACUAACAAACGGAACAGAUCGACUGGUGCAACAAAUCCGCCCUGGGAGGAACGCAGGAAUUAGUUAUGUUAUAGUGUUGGAUUGGCGUGAUCACUAUUCCUGUCAGGUGUACGAAUAUCAUGUUAGAAAGUGCUAAUGGUCGUAGCAGU